GACACAGACUCAGUGUACAAUCUGUCUUGCUUACUUUAAGUUAAUUUCUAUAGAAGAAUCAUUUCUGUCGAUUACCGCUUCCAUAUAACACUUAUUACUGUGAAAUUGCAUUAUAUUACAUAGUGUAUAAUAUUUUUGUGAUUUAUUUCAGUCUACGUAUUUUUUUAAAUCAAAACCAGUCUGAAAAUGAGUUACAGAGAUACCUACUCGCUAUUUCCACGAACACGUUCAUACUGCGCAGCUAAUGAGCAGCGAGUAGGCUCCUACUUAAGGACCUUAAUGAAUUUCGGGUCCACGCCGACGCCGGUACUGAACUCGCUAUCGUUCCGGUCGCAGCCCGUCGGUGAUGUUUCCCACACCUUCAACCCUGAUCUCAAUGAGGUUUACCCGGGCCUAUACGUUGGAGACGCAGAUGCCGCAAGGGAUAAAGCAUUCCUGAGGCGAAUGGGCAUCAACUAUGUCUUGAACACAGCAGAGGGUUUCCGGUACACGCAGGUGGAUACCAACCACCUAUACUACCGCGAUUACCCUGAAAUUCACUACAAAGGCUUCCCGCUCAUGGAUCUUCCAAGCACAGAUAUAUCGAAGUAUUUCCAAAUUGCCGCGAACUUCAUUGAUGAGGGUAUUUCACGUGGAGGUCGUGUGCUCGUCCACUGCCUAAUGGGUGUUUCCCGUUCUGCCACCUGUGCCAUAGCGUACCUAAUGAUUAAACGUGGAAUGUCGCUGUCUGAGGCCAUGUCAUUGGUUCGCUCUCGCCGGUAUAUCCAUCCCAAUGAUGGCUUCUUCCGACAACUGCAGCAGCUCGACCGAGAACUUCGUAUCAGUCGCGUCCGCUGACCCAACACCCCAUCGCAGCCCUACUUCAAUUUCUCGUUCGAUCUCAAGUAUGGACGUCAUCGUGUACGCAGUCUCGAUCGUGAAUAUGGCCACCGUUACUAAGAAACUGUAGUACUGAAUAGUAAAACAAAUACUACUUGUAUCAGUCUGACUUUUAUCUUGAUUGAAUGACGACACGUCAUUUUAAUGAAAUUCCAUGGUUGAUAUUUAGCUCAUUUUGGCAUUAUUGCAAGAUUAUUUAAAUUUGAUAUUCAUUAUAUGUAAUGGAUAUAAAAUUUAAGUAACCUUCAAUUUCUAACUUUGAUUUCAUCAUUUUUCAGUCUAUUUUGUCAAAAGCCUGUAUGGUUUACGAUGACUAACAUAAAGUAGGUUGCUGAUAAAAUAUUUUACGGGCAAUUUGUUACUGCAUUUGUCCAAUAGUACCUGUAAGUUUAUAUUUUAUGAUUCUUUUUUUGAUAUUUAUUUAACAAUGAUUAUUUUGUGAUAAUUUUAAAAUUGACACGAUACAAACAAGUUAUUUCAAGGUAGUAAACAGAUUAUAAAAUGAGUGCAAUGGAUUUAUGGAUGGGUAUAUUAUAUAUUUCGAUAAGCAAUAUUGUGAUUCUAAAAGAUGUAUUGCAGAUAAAUAUUCUCAUGUGCCAUUUUGUUUUACUCAAUUGUGAGCGAAUUACAUAAAUAUUUGUUAUUUUUGUAAAGAUAAUUUGAAUUCUUAGUAUUAUAGUUAAGAAAGUUACUAAGUCCAAUAUUAAAAAUGUUAUAGCUUCUAGUGAGUAAUUAAUAUCGUUUUAACUAUAGUACAAUUUUCUAGCCUUAUAGUCGUGUAAUGACUUGUAUCGUUUAGAAUAACUACAUAUUACUGUACUAUGCCCAUGGUUAUCGGGGUGAUAUAUUUACUAGCAUUAAGUUUCUUCUUCAAGACUGGCAAUCAUGGCUCUUGUGUGAUCGCUUGGGGGCCACCCAUAAAAUACCUCACAUCAAUUUGAUGGUCUCCGUGGUCUAGCGGUUACACACUGCCUUACUACCGAUGAUCACAGGUUCGAUUCUUAGUAUCGUACAAACAUUUGUAUUCAUGAUUUAUAUUGCCGUGUCUUGGAACUGCAUAGUUAGUUGUUAAUAGGAUCACAGCUUGAGUAAUUAGAAUAGUUAAAAUUUAACAUUUCAUUCAGCCGAUUGAAAAAAAUAUAUGAAACUAUAGGCCGUGAAACGUGACAUCACAAAAAGGGUGGGACCUCUGCUAGAUAUCACCAAAGUGUGCUGUAAUUUAUGGAUGGCCUCUUGUUAAGUUGUAGUAAUAUAUAUAAUACGUAUCUUAUAAGUGUGUCAUUGCCCUGUGAGCAGGUGUCACACAGUGUGGGCACUCAUUGUUCAAGUCCUCGCACUGUUUGCCAACAGAAUGUAACAUUUGGCUGCAUAUAUGUGUCACCAUUAAUGGUCUAUUUAAAAUUAUGUAUAGUAACACAGUACAAUAUUUUAUUUACAGUAAUCCAAUGUUUCAUGUAGGGCGCCGUCAACGACGGUCAUAUAAGGUUGUUUCUUAAAAAAUCCUCCUUAUUGCUUCGACGUAGAUGGAAGUAAAUAGUCACUUUAUCGGCUAAUGAAUAAUAAUAUAUAUAUAAGAGAGAUACAUACUAAACU